CGAAUGAAAUAUUCCUGACUCAGAUGUUCGCCAUCUUCCUGCUGCCAUAAGUGCCCAAAGUUGCAGCCGCGUCCUCGCUACCCCGCAAAGACAUCCCGGCGAGAAAUCCCGAGCAAUCCCUACCCCUUGCCCGCCACCAGAACCCAACCUGCUGCUCAACUUUGGUUUCCCAUUCAUGGAAAUGCCCCAUAAUUUAACCGGAGAAAAUGGCUUCCCUUUCGCUCAGACGCUCGUGUUUUCCAGUCCAUCUGCUCCGGUUGAGAACGGCUUGAAUUUUGACACACCGAGCCCCAAGGACGCCUGUAACACACCCCUAAGCAACGGCACUGUAUAUUCCAGCGCAAGCAGCCCUUCGGACUCGUGCGUGAAGCCCCUCUGCGACGCAGCCCCCGAAGAGAAAGCGCAGUACGGCCAAGGGGUCAAAUAUGUGUCCGCGGAGGAGGAGGAACUUGCGUGCGGGUGGGGGGCCUUCACACCAGGCUGUCUGCAGUUUUUCAACACGCCCAAGGGCAUCCUCUUUUUCCUCUGCGUGGCGUCCUUCUUGCAAGGAAUGACGGUCAACGGCUUCAUCAACACAGUCAUCACCUCCAUCGAGCGGCGCUUUGAUCUCCGCAGCUACCAGAGCGGGCUGAUCGCCAGCUCCUACGACAUAGCGGCGUGCAUCUGCCUCACCUUCGUCAGCUACUUUGGGGGGAACGGCCACAAGCCGCGGUGGCUUGGCUGGGGGGUGCUGGGCAUGGUCUUCGCCUUGCCUCACUUCACCACGGGCCGCUACGAGGUGCGUUUCUCGGAGGACGUUGGCGUGUGCGCCUCUAACCGGAGCCUGCCCUGCACGGAGGCGGUCUCCAGCCUCGCAAACUACAGGUUUGUCUUCAUGCUCGGGCAGUUCCUGCACGGCGUCGGAGCCACUCCGCUCUACACUCUUGGUGUGACCUAUCUAGAUGAAAAUGUCAAGACUAACUACUCCCCUGUGUACAUUGCUGUUUUCUACACUGCUGCAAUCCUUGGGCCUGCAGCGGGUUAUCUGGUAGGAGGAAUGUUUCUAAAUAUUUAUACUGAAAUUGGCAGAGAGAUCGACAUCACUCCGGAAAACACGCUCUGGGUGGGGGCAUGGUGGAUCGGCUUCCUUGGGGCAGGAGCAGCCUCCCUCCUCAUCUCCAUCCCCAUCCUGGGUUACCCUCACCGCCUCCCAGGAUCCCAGCGCUAUAUCGUUAUGAGAGUGUCGGAGGCCCAUCAGCUGAAGGACGGGAGCCACAAGAAAGCAUCAGAUCCUGACUUUGGCAAAACAGUUAAAGAUCUGCCUCGGUCAGUGCUGCUGCUUCUGAAGAACCCCACCUUCAUCUUCCUCUGCUUAGCAGGAGCCACCGAAGCCACGCUCAUUGCUGGCAUGUCCACGUUUGGACCCAAGUUCCUUGAGUCUCAGUUUAGUUUAAGUGCCUCUCAAGCUGCUACCUUUUUUGGUUAUCUUGUUGUGCCGGCCGGAGGGGGAGGCACAUUCCUGGGAGGAUUUCUUGUGAAUAAAUUUAAACUUCGCUGUUCAGGAAUCAUCAAAUUGUGUUUACUUUGCACAGUGUCAAGUCUGCUGGCUAUUUUCAUUUUUUUUAUUCACUGCCCUAACAUGCCUAUGGCAGGAGUAACCCAGAUGUACGAGGGAAGUGCUUUGCCAGGAGGCCACCUAAACCUGACGGCGGCGUGCAACGCGGAGUGCGGCUGCCUGCGGGAGACUUACAGCCCUGUCUGCGGAAGCGACGGCCUUAUGUAUUACUCUCCCUGCCAUGCAGGAUGCAAAGUGUCCAGAAAAUUCAAGAGUGGCAAGAAUGUCUACGGCGAGUGUAGCUGCAUUGCCCAAAGCCACCUCUCUGGCCCCGCAGAGGCGGAGGCAGGGAAAUGCACCUCCUCUUGUGGGAAAAGGCCCCUGCUCCUCUUCUUCAUGUUCAUCGUGAUCCUCUUCACCUUCCUGAGCAGUAUUCCCGCUCUGACAGCAACCCUGCGGUGUGUCUCCAACAGACAAAAGUCGUUUGCGCUUGGGAUCCAGUGGAUCGUAGUGCGAACUCUAGGUAGAGUACAGAGUGAAUUUGUGCGUGUAUGUAUGGUNNNUAAAUCGUGCCUGCUUUGGCAGGACCAGUGCGGUGAGCAAGGUUCUUGCUACAUUUACCAGAACUCAGCCAUGAGCCGAUACACCCUGAUUGCUGGACUUGUCUACAAGGUGCUAGGAACCUCCUUCUUUAUAGUCGCCUGUUUACUUUACAAACCGCCGCCAGCAGAAUCCGCUCCGGGAAGCUCACGUGCAUCUGAAAAUGGCAUCUGUGACCUCCAGGAAAACAAACCAUCACUCCAGACUGAAGAGGAUAAAUAGCGCUAUAAAUGUGCAAGUGACCCUCUCUCAAUCUCAAAAAUACUACGACAAGACAUUAUUCGAUUCCUAGGAUUUUUUAAUUAAUAGUAAUAUUAUUGCUUUUUUAGCUCAAGAAGGAUAACUUAAUUAACCACUGGUGUGCUUGCUAUUUUCUUAACAGCAGAAGCACAUUUAAAGUUGUGCGCUGAUGCCAUAUAUGAUUAUUUAAUUUAACUUAAAGAAAGGGCUACUAUAGCUUUAUUCCAUGUCUGUAACAAGUAAGGACCGCAUUCUCCACUAGUGGAAAUAGGCACUGGUAACUCCAAUGGAGUGCACGUGGUUUAAACCACAAGAGGAUCUGGGCCCCAAUAUCUGCAUUGUAAAUCCAACUGUAGCAAAGCUUGCAUUGAGGCUUCUUAGGCUU